AUGGCAAAUAUUAAUCUGCACCUUUGCUUGAUUAGUGCUGAGCGAUAUGUUUUUGUCAUGUAUCCAUUUAAUUAUCAUAAGAUUGUCAAUCGCCUCAAUGUGAUUAUUGCUCUAGUGGCGGUUUGGUUAUUACCUAUCUUCGUGAUGAUGGGUUCAUUCUUUUAUCUUAUAAACGAUGCUAUCUGCCUUACUAUCACAUUGGGGUUACUGUAUUUCAUUCCCUUGUUUACCAUUGUUACUGUUUACGUACGUAUAUUUGUCCUAAUUCAAUCUCAUGGCUCUCGCGGACAACAAACAGAGAGCAAGGAUCGCGCCCGUUUAGCAAAAAAUAGCAAAGCAAUUCGACAAAUGGUGAUUUUAAUUGGCGUAUUUUUUAUCUGUUGGACCCCUUUCGCGAUAUGUAGUCUUUGCUUUUUGUGGAUUUCGGCAUAUAUUAAUCAAAGCCUCUUUCUUGCUCAAUAUAACAUGGCAUGGGCAGUAUUUGUACUACGUUAUCUUGCUUACUGUUAUCCACUAUUCCAUCCAGUUCUGUAUUGCUAUUUUAAUGCUCACAUCAAAUUGGAAGCUUUGCGCAUUUACUACAAGUUAAUUGGUAAGGAAGAAGCUUACAGGCGGCUGUUGCAUACCAUGCAUGGCACAACAUCGUUUUAUAUGGAAAGAAAAUCGACAACCACAAUGUAA